UGGAAUCAGGAAUGAAAACAUGAAGUCUUCCCUAACUCUGUAGAAAAAAGCAUGCAUUAUAUCAACUUUGCAAGGGGAAGGACACAGAGUUGCAAUGCUGUUAUGGGCAGCGUAAACAUGCUGUCACUUGUGAUUGUUGGUGAUGGGAUAAAUGAUGCGCCCUCUUUGGCAAAAGAGAAUGCUGCCUCUGAUGCAGCCUCAGUUGUUCUAUUAGGCAACAGAGUUUCUCAGGUAGUAGAUGCGCUAUCCCUGUCGAAAGCAACUAUGGCUAAAGUUCACCAAAAUUUGGCCUGGGCAGUGGCAUAUAACAUCUUUGCUGUCAGCAAUUCUUUGCUUCUGCAGCUGCAUGGGUCGUUUCAGAACACAGAAAAACCGCAGGGUGAUUUGAGCUCUACUAAAUUAAUUCAGUUUGGUUUGUCAACAAAGAUGGUACAGGAUCAUAGAGUGUGGCUACUGGUUUUCCAGCUCUGGCUCAAAACAUACGUACAGGCUGAAACAAGUCGAUCGAAACUAGUUAACCUUUCCCUGCUGUAAACGAGCAGGGAAAUAUAUUUCUCGCAGGUCCUCCGGGAGCUUGAUUGUUCAUCGUCUAGUAGCAUCCAACAAGGCAACAAGCUUCACACAACACAGGUGGAAAGUUCACUAAAUAGAACAACUCACAGUACAUAGUCUAGAAAAGCAAUGAAAAGUAAUAAUAGCUGGUUGUUUGUGGCCACACUAUAAUGGCCAUCUCUGAACAACAACAGCGCAUGAAUGACUACAUGAGAUUAUUUCUGAUACCUCGUUUCCUCUCU